UCGCCUCCAGUUCAUUUCCCUGCAUUUUGUCGCUAUGUCAGCAACUCCUACCGUAGCUAUCCAACUAGGUCAGAGCGCCGUCCUGUUGUCUGGUGCCAUCUUUUUGGGUACCUUUGUUGCCGCGGUCACUAUCUACAGUCCUCUGAGGGGCAGGUUCCUGUCACUUUACCAGCCUCGUCAGUGUAUAGAGAAGUUACGAUGUCCGCUGUCCUCGAGAGUCUAUGGUGCUUUCAUGGGUUGGAUCCCUGGUAUUAUCAAGAUCACUGAUGACGAGCUCCUCGAAAACGCUGGCCUCGACGCGAUAGCGUUUAUCCGACUAUUGCGACUUGGUACCAGAGUGGCCGUUGUAGGCUGUUUGAAUGCUAUCUACUUGAUACCAGUGUAUAAAUACCAGGGUUCCGGACCGGGCAAUCAAGAUGAGCUCGCUAGGUGGAGCGUGGGCCACCUGGCGACCCGUAGUCCGUCAAUGGUGUCUACUCUGAUUGCUUCCUACAUUACUUUUUCAAUAACAUUGUUUUUGAUAUAUACUGAGUUCUCGUGGUACACAGCCAAACGGCAUGCUUCUAUGUGCCGCGAGAGUGUCGCUAACUACAGUGUCUUCGUGAGACACAUACCUCCAUCGCUCCGCUCGAAUCAUCGACUAGGUGAAUUUUUUGAAGAGCUCAUUCCUGGUGGAGUGGCUGACGUUGCAGUUGCUCUUGACUUGGGAGUUCUCAGCAAAAAAGUGAAGAAACGAAACAAGCUCGUUCUGAAGUUGGAACAUAAUUACAACAUGUGGCAUCACAGAGGUGUCCGUCCUCAAAAGCGCUCGGGCUUUUUCUCUAAAGAGAAAAUUGAUGUUAUUGAAGUACUUGAAGUACAACUGGCUGCAUUGAACGAUUUCAUCGAGAAAGAUAUCAGUGAUGCUGAGUGUUUCCAGGAAAUGGUCGAUGGGCAAAGCUCAAGGCGUAAAGCUCUGGACAUCUCAUCGAUGGCGAACAUGGUGCCGUUGGUCCCUCUGAAGAAGCUCGUGCCAUCGAAAAGCUUCCGAGUCCUUUCUGAUGGCUUCGUCACAUUCAAGUCACUACAGUUCACUGCAAUGGCCUUGCAAAUGCAGCUCUAUGACGAACCUCAUGCUCUAUGCAUUGAAGCAGCGCCGCUACCUGAUGGUGUUUACUGGAGCAAUGUUGGUAUGCCGCACUUCCAUCAGCAAUUAGGUAUUGUGAUGUCUCUGGCGGCCACCACGGCGUUGUGCAUUUUCUGGACUAUUCCUGUCACUUUCGUUGUGUCUAUAUCGAAAGUGUCCUUCUUGAAGGAAGAAUUACAUUUCCUCCAAAGCGCUCUAGAAGCCUGGCCUCCUCUCGGAAUCGUACUCCAACUCUUAUCCCCUAUUGCCCUCGCGCUGUUGAACGAGCUUCUGCCGUUCAUCUUGGGGUUUUUCUCUAAGUGGGAAGGUCAUGUGUCGGUGACAGCCUUGGAAGUCUCCCUUUUUGGGAAGCUGGCGCUGCUAUACAUCAUCCAAGCAUUUUUCGUCAGUGCCAUCGCAGGGAGUUUGCUCUCCGGGCUACGAGAUCUGGUGGAAAACCCUCUAGGAACAUUGCAGAAUGCAUUGUCCGUUUACCUGCCUCAACAGUCCUACUACUUCAUGUCGUUUGUCUUCGUCCAGAUCGGUCUUGGCUUGGGCAUUGAACUCACACGCCUGGUACCAGCGCUUCUAGCUCUGUUCAGGAGAUGCUUGGGACCUAACCUGUCGGAGAAGGAGCGCAGCAGACCGUGGUUGUUUCUGAAUCCUCUGAGCUCACCUGUCGAGCUGAACCAUCCCAGGGUGCUUUCUACCAUUAUGUUGUUUUUCAUGAUAUUAUUCGUGUAUUCUGUGAUGUCACCAAUAUCGAGCUUCGUGAUGGCUAUCGCUUUCUCGUUCUUUUCCCUGGUAUAUAAGAACCAGUUUGCGGUGGUUUACGCCCCAAGUUGUGACAGUAAGGGUGAAUUGUGGACUCGAGCGAUCCGAUUCAUCUUGGCUUGUCUGAUUUCUGCAGAGUUCACUGUUAUGGGCGUUUUGGCAAUCAAAGAAGCUGCAGUAGUAGCACCAUUGAUGUUGCCUUUGUUCAUUGGUACCAUCCUAUUCUGGUGUUAUCUCGAGGAGCGCCAUUUCAAAGUGGCAUCAUCUUUACCGGCCAAAGUCUUCGUCCCCAUUGAUCGUGAGCGAGGUGAAGGGUUCGUGGGUGUUUCGUAUACUGGGUGUUACGAACCCGUUGCUAUGCGACAGAGGAACUUACAACCUGAUGUACCUCAGGAAGUAAGAACUGCUGCUGACUGCCUUGAAGAUAUGUCUACACCUCUGGGGGAAGGCUCCGCUUGAAUAGAUUGAAUAAAGACGCGGAAAGCAGCCGGGAUAAAACAGUGUCGUU